GUCCUCUCUGCCCAUGCCUGCGUUCACUUUGCUCUAUAGUUUCCUCUGACAACCACGAGCAUCUUUCUGUGUGUGAUCCAAAUCACAGUCUUUGAUCCCGUCUACUCUCGAAUCCCCCCAAACUCUUCAGAGACCGGAAUCCUGAGACGGCUGCACGGUGCACUCCCGCUGCACACCUCUCCAUACAGCCUCUCACCUGUGUCGAUCACUCUCCUCCCACGGAAAGCUCUGAGCAUCUGACAAUUCUCUACCGGAGUUCCUGAACAUACAUAAUCUUCUUCACACGCACCACCUGGCUGUUUUGAUUGCCUUUCCAAAGGUGGCCUGCGAGGCCACUAACAAAUGCAACCAUGAAGGCUGGACCGCUUCUCAUAACAUGGCACAAUGAUAAUCAGCCCAUCUACUCUGUUCACUUUGAUCCUCGUGGAAAAGGUAGAUUGGCAACUGCUGGAAAUGACAACAAUGUCCGGGUAUGAACAUUGCAACCAUCACUCCUCGUACCUCAGCUAACGGCUUCAAGUUAUGGAGCAUUGAAGCUCAAGGAGAAGAGAGGAAGGUUACCUACUUAUCCACACUUACAAGACAUACUCAACCUGUAAAUGUCGUUCGAUUCUGUCCCAAAGGGGAAAUGCUAGCCUCGGCCGGAGACGAUGGCAAUGUCCUCCUUUGGGUCCCUUCCGAGUCUGCUAUUACUACCUUGAGCGAAGAGCAUGCGGAUGACAAGGAAACAUGGAGGAUAAAGCACAUGUGCAGAACCUCCAGCGGAGCAGAAAUAUACGAUCUCGCAUGGUCUCCUGAUGGUCAAUAUUUUAUUACAGGCGGAGUCGACAAUACGGCUAGAAUAUUCAACGCACACACUGGUGCCAUGAUACGACAAAUAGCAGAACAUAAUCACUUCGUGCAAGGUGUUGCUUGGGAUCCUCUCAACGAAUUCGUUGCAACUCAAUCGUCUGAUCGAUCCGUACAUAUUUACGCUCUGAAGCUCAAGGAUGGCACCGCUACCCUCUCGACACAUGGCAAAUUCAACAAGAUGGAUUUACCUGCUAGACGUAUAUCUUCAAACAGUCCCGCGCCGGUAGAAUCGGCACAUCGUGCGUCGAAUGCCAGUGCAAACAAUUUAUCGAUUGCCUCUCCUGCACCCUCAAAUCCUGGAACACCUCUGACGACACCUCUUCCCAUGGACCCCCCAAUGAUCACUUCGAGCCGCCGUUCCUCUUUUGGAUCAUCACCCUCAUUUCGCCGCUCAGCUUCUCCCGCGCCAUCGCUCCCUUUGCCAGCUGUGCGACCAGAAAUCUCCUCCCCUAGUCUCAACGCAGCCAUGGGCCUGGCUGUCAAGAACACGAAUAUCUACCACAACGAAACACUGACGUCUUUCUUUCGUCGCCUGUCCUUUUCGCCGGACGGAAGCUUGCUAUUCACCCCUGCAGGUCAUUACAAGCAAGCAUUUCCCAGUGCGGUUGACCCUGUAAAAGCUAUCGAGGACGUUUCAAAUACCGUCUACAUCUAUACCCGAGCUGGCUUCAACAAACCUCCUAUUGCGCAUCUACCUGGACACAAGAAACCGUCCGUUGCCGUUAAGUGUUCUCCGGUCCUUUAUACCCUCCGUUCAACCACGAAACCUACCAACCAUAUCACCAUUGACACCUCGUCAGCCAGCGAAGAGAUACCUUUGCUUCCAGAGGCUAUCACGGCUGGAACUCCCACGUCCAUCAUGGAGCCCCCGUCCCUCACGACUGCUACAUCCGUUCCCGAAUCGAUGUCAGCACCUUCUCCAAGGAAUACAGCUGAUGGCGACUCAUCCUCUUCCCCUGCCUUUGCGUUGCCGUAUCGGAUGAUCUACGCUGUCGCCACUCAGGAUGCAGUGUUUGUCUAUGAUACUCAGCAGAUGACCCCUAUCUGUGUCGUGAGCAAUUUGCAUUAUGCAACAUUCUCUGACCUGACUUGGUCGAAUGACGGAUUGACACUACUUAUGUCCUCGACCGAUGGGUACUGCUCUACAUUGGCCUUUUCACCUGGCGAACUGGGCCAGGUUUACACAGGACCUCACCCGACCUACAACCACCCUGUUAUCUCGACUUCUAUUCCUCUCCCCACUUCGUCUGCAGGAUCUACCCCGAUGCCGACGCCUACUGCCACAGCUUCUCCUUCGUUGACAAAAGCAUCUCCAGUACAUGGCCCUGUGUCACACCAGUCUCCAGCUCCAUUCGUUGUCCGUCCUGGCAGUCCAGCUAGAUCCAACUCUCAAUCAUCUAUUGCCACAAUGGCAUCCAUACAGACCACGAGUCUACAAAAUAAUCCAACCCCAACCAUGGGUCAUGUACCACUGGUGACGGCUGCUAAUUCAGGCCCACCCGUGGCCAUACCACCAAUGUCAACACCACCACAGACACCAGCAAGUGUACAUGGUGGACAUCAUUCUGCGACCAGCUCCAUCAGCGGAAGUGUCCUGGGCAAGAGGGACGUUGGUGCAACAAGCGAAAGCGAGAAGGAGGAGAAUAAGACGAAGAAGAGAAGAAUAGCACCCACACUUGUUGGGCCAUCGGGCUCAACGGAAUCUUCAAAGGAAGAUGGAAAACCCUGAAAUCAUUCAUGUGGUUUCUCUUGUAUUAAUGGUGGAAGUCUUGAGUUGUUCUAAGCACAUUUGGCCCUGAUGAGGCCUCCGGAUAUGAGCAUGGCGCUGGCAUUUCGACCAAGACUGACCAACACGAACAAUGGGACUGGUCAUUUCUCGGUUAGGAGAAAACGACAUCAUAAUGUGAUGCCGAGAGGAUAGCAAUGAAUACCUAUCUAGUGUAGUUGUUCAGUUGUAAGA